GCCAACGCGGUCGCGCUCGGCGUCGCCUCCACCCUCGCCAGCCCCCCUUCGCCCGACGCCGAGCGCGAGCCGCCAACGCGGUCGCGUUCGGCGUCGCCUUUCACCCUCGUGCCCUCCACUCGCCCAACGCCGAGCGCGAGCCGCCAACGCGGUCGCGUUCGGCGUCGCCUCCCACCCUCGCACCCUCCAUCGCCCAACGCCGAACGCGAGCCGCCAACGCGGUCGCACUCGGGUUCGCCUCCCUCCAUCACGCCACCUCCGCCCAGCGUGAGCCGCUAA